UUCAUUGGGAAUUGUACUUGAGACUGCAAACGGAGAGAAAGGGGACCGUGGGCCGAUCUAAAAAGCACUUCAGGAUUUCAGAAUCCUUAAAACUACAGAAGGAACAGCAGCAACGGGACCUUGAGACACACUAUGAGAGCACCUAUCACCAAGGCUCCCUGUCAUCUGUUAGCCGCCAGUCUUAUGCUGCUUAUGUGAGCAGUCAUGGGCACAAGAUUUCAAAGAAAGAGAAGAAACUGAGCGCUUUCUCUAAAAAAGAAAAGCGCUCGUACCUGGCUGUGGACAACGAAGAUGAAAUCAUUGGAUACGUUGUGCCAGUCUUCAGAAGCAGUCAUUUGGCUACCCAAGAUCUGAUGGAGACUCAGGAGGAGGUGAAGGAGGAGGGUGUGGGGUAUGUCGUCAUGAGGAACCUGUUCUCCAGGGAGACCGACUUCAAGAUGAGAACUGUGAAGAAGUCCAGAGAGACCAGUUUGAGAGAAUCUGCUGAACGCCUGGCUCUGAGCAGGAAGAUGCAUGAGAAAGAGGAAUUCCAAAAGAAGAUGAAUCCAGACAGUUUGACUCACCCCCCGGAGUUCAUCGUGAAACCAUGUGGCCAGACCGUGUGGGAGGGGAAGAGUGUGACGCUGCACUGCACAGUGGCUGGAUGGCCCAAACCCCGCGUGUCCUGGUACAAAAACAAUGUUUUAAUCGAUGCUAAGGCUCACCCUGAGAAAUACUUCACAGAGAGCCAAUACAACAUGCAUUCUCUGGAAAUCAAGAAUUGUAGUUUUAGCGAUACUGCUGGGUACCGAAUCUCUGCACUUAAUGUGAAGGGAGAAAGUUCUGCGUUUGCUCCUGUCAUUAUUAAAAGAUUCAAAGAAGGAGAAGAGGUGACUGAAAGGCCCCAUGGUUACAGCCCUGAAUAUGGUGUGACCUUCAGCACUACCAUCAUUGACAAGUUUGACGUUUCUUUUGGCCGUGAGGGAGAGACCAUGAGUUUGGGCUGUACAGUCAUUGUCUACCCCACUGUGAAGCGCUACCAGCCAGAGAUAGUGUGGUACAGAAAUGGUGUCAUCUUGUCACCUUCAAAGUGGGUGCACAUGCACUGGAGUGGUGAGCAAGCCACUUUGACCCUUGUGCAUCUGAACAAAGAAGAUGAGGGUCUUUACACACUGCGUGUCAACACCAAGUCAGGUUUUGACACUCACUCUGCCUAUGUGUUUGUCAGAGAUGCUGAUGUGGAAGAGGAGGGGGUUCCUGUUGCUCCUCUUGAUGUGCGUUGUCAUGACGCUAAUAAAGACUAUGUGGUUGUUACCUGGAAGCAGCCAGCAGUGGAGGGAAGCAGUUCUAUCAUUGGCUACUUCAUUGACAGGUUGGAGGUUGGCACUCAUCAUUGGACCCAGUGUAAUGACACUCUAGUGAAGUAUGCCCGUUUUCCUAUCACUGGGCUUACUGAGGGCCGCUCCUACACCUUUAGGGUGCGAGCCCUCAACAAUUUUGGUGUGAGCCGCCCGUCCCGGGCCUCUGACCCUGUAGUUGCCAUGGAUCCAUCAGACCGUGCCCGCCUUAGAGCGGGUCCCUCGGCUCCAUGGACUGGAAUGAUCAAAUUCACUGAGGAAGACCCCACAGUGGGGGUUGUUCCUGGUCCACCUACUGACCUGGCUGUCACUGAGGCUACUAAAAGUUACGUGGUACUGAGCUGGAAGCCACCCAUCCAGAGAGGACAUGAGGGUGUCAUGUAUUAUGUGGAGAAGUGUUUGGUAGGUACAGAGACAUGGCAGAGGGUGAACACCGGGAUGCCAGGUAAGUCCCCCCGCUUUGCCCUGUUUGACCUUGCUGAGGGCAAAUCCUACAGCUUCCGUGUCCGUAGCUGCAACUCUGCUGGAGUUGGAGAGCCGUCAGAAGAAACUGGGGCGACUACUGUGGGAGACAGAUUGGACCUGCCCUCUGUCCCAGGGCCUGUUAUUCCCAUUAGAAACACUGACACUUCUGUGGUUGUGUGCUGGGGGGCAUCUAAGGAGGUUAAGAAUCUGGUGGGCUAUUACAUCGAGGUCAGCGUCAAUGGCAGUGGCGUGUGGGUUCCCUGCAACAACAAGCCAGUCAAAGGCACUAGGUUUGUGUGCCACGGGCUGAGCACUGGGGACAAAUGCGUAUUUAGGGUGAAGGCUGUGAAUGCUGCAGGAUACAGUGGAAGCAGUGCUGAAUCUGAGGCCUGCAUUGUACAAGCAAGCAUUGCCGUCCCAAGACCCCCCACCGGUGUGACCCUGCUGGAGAGGGUCCGUGACUACAUGGUGCUGAGCUGGCAAGCUCCUGCUAAAACUGGUGGAGCAGACAUCAGAGGUUACUACCUGGAUUACAGAACAGUGAAGGAUGGAGUCACAAGCAAGUGGCAUGAAAUUAACCUCCAGACAGUCACUGGGACAUCUUAUAAAGUGACAGACCUGAAGGAAAACAUAUUCUACCAGUUCCAGGUGCGUGCAGUCAAUCGGGCUGGUAUUAGUGAAUCUUCCAUACCCACGGUCCCCUUGGAGUGCAAGGAAUGGACUGUGGCUGUUCCAGGCCCUCCUCAUGGCCUCCGUGUCCAGGAGGUGCGUAAAGACUCUAUGGUGCUUCUGUGGGAACCACCUAUGUUCAGUGGCCGCAGUCCUGUGACUGGAUAUUAUGUGGACUAUAAGGAAGAGAAUGGCAGAUGGAGAUGUGUCCAAGAGAGAUCCACAAAAAAUACUUACAUGAAGCUAACUGGUCUCCAAGAGGGUGUUUCCUACAGGUUGCGCAUCCAUGCUAAGAAUGUGGCAGGUGUAGGUGGACCCUCAAAGAAAACCGAUGCAAUUUUGGCUGAGACCCGCCCUGGAACCAAUGAAAUUGUGGUGGAUGUGAACGACGAUGGUGUGAUCUCUCUGAUCUUUGAGUGCUCCGAUCUAAAAGAGGACUCUCAGUUUGUGUGGUCUAAAAACUACAAGGCCUUCACUGACACUUCUCGUCUCACCGUUCAGACUUCUGGGGGCAAGUCCAGAGCCAUCUUUAAUGACCCAUCGUUGGAAGACUUGGGCAUUUACUCCUGUGUUGUGACCAACACUGAUGGUGUCUCUGCCAGCUACACGCUCACUGAGGAAGGACUUAAGCGCUUGUUGGACAUCAGCCGUGACCACCAGUUCCCCAUAAUUCCCUUUAAAAGUGAAAUGGCCAUUGAGCUGCAGGAGAAGGGCCGUGUGCGUCUCUGGGCCGAAGUUGCCAAGUUCACUUCUAACUGCCAAGUGGAGUAUGUAUUCAAUGAUAAUAUCAUCCAUGAAGGAAAGAAGUACACAAUGAACUUUAACAAAACCACUGGCAUUAUUGAGAUGUUCAUGGACUCACUGGAGGUUACUGAUGAAGGAACCUUCACAUUUAACCUUGUUGAUGGUAAAGCAACUGGUCGCAUCAGUUUAGUGCUUAUUGGAGAAGAGUUUGCUGAGCUUCAAAAGAAAUCUGAGUUUGAGAGAGCAGAGUGGGUCAGAAGGCAAGGUCCUCACUUCGUGGAGUAUCUCAGUUUCAAGGUCACCCCAGAAUGUGAUGUGCAUCUGAAAUGCAAGGUUGGAAACAUCAAACCUGCCACUGAGAUUGCCUGGUUUAAGGAUGGAAUUGAGAUUGAAGAGGAUGAUGAGGAUGCUAAGAAGAUAAAAAAAUCUGAUGAAGUGUUGAUCUUUGACAUUGGCAAGAUUUCAAAGAAAGAUGCAGGAGUAUAUGAGGUUAAACUGAAGGAUGAAAGAGGAAAGGACAAAACUUUGCUGAACCUGACAGAUGCAGGUUAUCAAGCAGUGCUGAAUGAAGUAUUUAGAGUUAUUGCCAAUUCUUCAACCGAGCUCAAGGUUAUGAGCACAGAACAUGGAAUCAUUCUCUACUCAUUUGUUGUGCACUAUAUUGAAGAUCUCCGUAUUGGCUGGCUUCACAAAGAAUCAAAGAUCUCCCACUCAGACAGAGUGCAGUGUGGAGUCACCGGAGAACAGCUGUGGCUCAAAAUUAAUGAGCCCACCGAGAAGGAUAAGGGCAAAUAUGCCAUUGAUAUCUUCAAUGGCCAAGGCAGCGUCAAGAGAGUUCUUGACCUGUCAGGACAAGAGUGGGAGGAAGCAUUUGAAGAAUUCAAGAGGCUGAAGGCAGCGGCCAUAGCAGAGAGAAAUCGUGCUCGUGUGGUGGGUGGCCUACCUGAUGUAGUCACCAUUCAGGAGGGCAAGUCCCUUAACCUCACUGGCAACGUAUGGGGUGAUCCAGUUCCCGAGGUCAGCUGGGUGAAGAAGGAUAAAGCGCUGUUGUCUGACGAUCACUACACGCUGAAGUUUGAGCAUGGCAAGUUUGCGAGCAUCACCAUCGCUGCUGUUAAAACCAUCGACUCGGGAAAAUACGCCCUGCUGGUGAAGAACAAGUAUGGCACAGAGGCGGCAGAGUUUACCGUCAGUGUCUACAUCCCUGAGGAUGAAGGCGAGAAGAGGGAGUAAAGACACGCACAGAGGGAGGGAGGGGUUUAACAGAUGACCAGUAUACCUUCCAAAGCAUUUUAAUUCAAAGCAUGCCCACCCACAGUGCAAUAUUGUAUGGUUUUCCCUUAAUUAAACAUGUUGGUGAUUAAAAAAAAAAAAUAAUAAUCAAACUUAAAUAAUUUUCUCAAAUAAUGUGACCGAUAUAUGCUAGGCUUUUUGGCUUUUCACACUAUACUUAACCCAGGAUUAAAGGGAUAGUUCAUCCAAAAAAGAAAAUUCUGUCAUCAUUUAAUCACCCUCAAGCUG